UAGAAAACUAUGUAAAUAACGCCAGCGCUGAGCCACUGCAUUUGCACGCUACGGUGUGACGUUACAUGCCUGAACUGGUUUUAUUUCCUGAGUCAGUUACACAACCACCCGGCGAGCGUGCAAGUACAAGGUUUCAUCAUCGCAGGUUGUCCCACUUCCUGUCUGAGGACCAUAAAAGCCCUGCCGGGCGGCUCCGGCAGCCAGAACACCUGAGCAGCUGAUCACCAAACACACAGACUAGAACAGCUCCCCGUCUCUUCAGCAGAUCUGUAGAAAAAAUGGCAGCAGAGAUUUGCAACAUGAGCAGCAUUUGGUCCAAGAAGAUGCCCCAAGGUCUGGGCCUGGAGAUCUCCCAUCAGCCACAUUCGAUGAGGCACGUCGCCAACCUGAUCAUCGCCAUCGAGAGGCUGAAGGCUGGAACCUCGGAAGACGUGCUGAGCACCGACUUCAGGGAUGAGAACCUGCUCAGCGUGGUGUUGGAGAGCAUCGUAGAAGAGAAAAACAUUUUUGAGAGGAGGUCAGCUCCACCUCAGUUCAGCUACACGGGUCAGGGCGUCUGUUCUGUGUCCGACAGCAAGAAACGAAGCUUGGUUCUGGUGGAGAACAGCAUGGAGCUCCAUGCAGUGCUACUGCAGGGCGGCAACGACUCCCGCAAAGUUUUCCUGAACAUGUCCACCUACGUGCUCACCAGCAGCUCCGACGCCAAGCCUGUCGCUCUGGGCAUCAAAGACACAAAUCUAUACCUGUCCUGCCACAAAAAAGGAGACAAGCCAACGCUGCAUCUGGAGGCAGUGGAGGACAAAAGAACCCUCUCACCGAUCGGCGCUGAGAGUGAGAUGAAGCGGUUCCUCUUCUACAAACAGGACACGGGCCUGAACGUCAGCACACUCAUGUCUGCCUCCUUCCCCAACUGGUACAUCAGCACGUCCACCCAGGACAACGAACCGGUGGACAUGUGCCAGGAGGGCGCCGCUCGCUACCGGACCUUCACCAUCCAGCGGCAGAUUUAAAACCAGGCGGAGGAGUCGGUGGGUCUGAGGAAAGCACUACCGCCGUCUGCUGGGAAGACGUGUGCAUGAUUUACAUGCUGUAUGUACCAAGUACAGAGAUUCAGGUGUGUUGUUAAAUCCAACCCCAAGCUGGCACCUGAGUGUGUGGGGAUCCUUCUCUAUUGUUUCAAAUAUUUAUUUCUCUAUUUAUGAACGGUGUGUUUUUUAAAUCUGCCUUUUCAAAAUGUAUUUAAUUAAUGAAAUAAAUCCUGAUAGAAA